UUGUGGGCAAGUUCACAACAUACAUGCAGUGCAUUAAUUUGCUCGAUAUGCUUAAUCUCGCUUGGCUAUCUGGGUACGAGCUCUCGAGCUUAUAUGGAAGCUUCACGGGAAUUACUUUAAAGCUCGCGGGAAGCUCUUAAAACAUGAUUUCUAAACUCCCUGCGAGCUUAAAUAAAGCUCUCAGGGAGCUCUCAAAAGCGGACAUAGGAGCUCCCGAAGAGCUCCGUGCGAGUUCUUUUGAAGCUCAAAUGAAGCUUAUGAAAAAUUUUGUGAGCUCCUCGGGAGCUCCCCGUGCUGUGUGGACUCAUUGGCGGCCGCACCCAACCCGGGGGGGGGGGACGGUGAUGGUCUCUCUUUCCUUUGCGCUUAUUUUAGUUUAAGAUUCUUAGCAACCCGCAUAACGAAGGGUGGAAGCCGCGAAGGAAGUUGUGUGCCAGAAAUGUAAAUAACAGAGCAGCCGUCGCGGGACCAUGGAGAGGAUGCCGGAUCGGCAAUGUGACAGGACCCCGGAUAGCCGAAAGACUACAGGCGAGAAAUUAGAAAACGGAGCCGGACAUGGCGUAGCUCGACGACAGCCGAUGCCAAGGGGGAACGGUGUGCACCCUCGCGUCCUAGACUCGGGCGGAGGACCCCAAAUGGAGCGGGCGACAUGGCCUCGAGGCGAACGAUCGAGAAGGAGCCUGAUCGACUCCGAACCGAUCCAGUUAGCAGUCAAGAGGCGAUCGAGCCGUGCGUACUUGCGACCCUACGAAGAAGCAUGGUCAGUGCAGGGGCCGCCAUCGGACAGCGAGAUCCGGAAGGACUAGCGGAAAGACGCCCCAGCGACAAAAUGAUCCUGGCGCGCGAGUCAAUGCGCAGAUCCAUGCGCGAAUCGAUGCGCGGAUCGCUCCCGGCGCUCGCGGGUUCCCUAGCAAAUCACUGUUCGGCAAACCGGCAACGAGUGCGGUUCAGCAGCCAUCGACGACGUCCGUAGAUUGUAAGGCCACCGUGCGGUAAGUGCGGAGACGAGACGGCCCCCGCGACUGUUAAUUGACCGCGUAAUACCGAGAUCAGCAAUAUGCUGCCGUGGAUGUAAAUACCGAGACUAAUCGGGGCAUAACGCGGGGCCGUGUCGAUCUCCGUCACUAGAAUUAAGUAUCUUUACGCCUAUCGCGCUCUCCCACGGAAAUCGCCGAGCCAACAGUCAUAGGCCGGAAUUCAUAGUCGAAUCUUAUUCAAGUUCCAGCUUAAGCACGAUCUUGAGACGUCAAUGCUGUUAUUUCAUUGGUUAAGUAAGUCUCAAGUCGGCUCGAAGCUAGACUUAAGACAAUGCUUGAGCUUAAGAUCGGUCUAUGAAUCCCGUCCAUUGUAUCGCGGAGAUCAGACGAAAUUAGUAGAAAUUGAGACAUUGCCGGGGCAAGAUCGUCCGAAAUUCGCCGCCAUGAGGGCUUACCGAGAGCACGCAGACCGCGCGUGCCGGUUCAUUAUUGUGAGAGUACCGAAAUCAACUCGCGCUUGUGAUGUAUAUUAUCCGCCAUUGGCGGUAACUGCGAUACAUGUUCUAAAAUAUAUUAUAUGUUAUUUUAAUUAAAA